CGCCGCGGCCGGGCUCGGCUCGGGGCGAUCGGAGCACCAUGAACCGCUUCAAGGCGUCCAAGUUCCGGCACACCGAGGCCCGGCUGCCCCGCAGGGAGGCCUGCAUUGUGGGCAUCCGAGCGGGCUGCGCCGCGGGCAGCGGGAGCCAGGUGAAGGCCGGCUGCCGCUGGGUCGCCUUCAGCACCGAGGCAGCAGGUGUGCUGGGCAUCGUGGCGCUGGAGUGCGAGGAUGGAGGCACGAGGACCGUGUCUCAGCUCUGCUGCCACUCAGAUGUGGUGACAGACUUUGACUUCUCACCCUUUGAUCAGCUCCUGCUGGCUACAGGCUCUGCUGAUGAGACGGUGAAGGUGUGGCACCUUCCCAAGAGCGGCCAGGACAUGCCCAGUGCCGCGGGGCUGACCCUGGCGCCUGGCGGGGGCCCUGUGGAUGUGCUCCAGUUCCACCCCACGGCAGACGGCGUCCUGGCCAGCGGUGCAGGGAAGCGAGUCACUGUCUGGGACGUGGGGCAGCAGGAGCCGCUGACAGCCCUGGAAGCACACGGGGACCAGCUUCGGAGCCUGACCUGGAAGCGAGACGGCCGCCUCCUGGGCACCUCCUGCAAGGACAAGAAACUGCGAAUCUUUGACCCCCGAGCCAGCCCAGCCGCCUCCCAGAGCGUCCUGGGACACGAGAACAACAAGGACUGCCGGCUGCUCUGGAUGGGCUCCAGCGAUUGCCUCAUCUCCGUGGGGUUCAGCCAGAUGCGGGAGCGGGAGGUGAAGCUGUGGGAUGCGCGGCAGUUCAGCGCAGCGAUGCUCACCGUGACACUGGACACCUCACCCGGGGCAGCCAUCCCGCUGUACGACGACGACACCAGACUGCUGGUGUUGGCAGGGAAGGGAGAAAACCUUCUGUACUGCUUUGAGGCAGCAGUGGUGCAGCCGGCGCUCACCCCGGUGACCCAGUGCCGGAUGGAGGGCAGGACGCGUGGGCUGGCGGCCGUGCCACGCCUGGCCCUGGACGUGAUGGCCUGCGAGGUGCUGCGUGUGCUGCAGCUCACUGACACCGCGCUCGUCCCCAUCAGCUACGUGGUGCCGCGCAAGUCCGUCCAGGACUUCCAUGAGGAUCUGUUCCCUGACUGCGCCGGGAUGCUGCCAGCCACCAGUGCCCAGGCCUGGUGGGCAGGGGACAGCCAGCAGCAGGUGAGAAGGGUGAGCCUACACCCCGCACGGAGACCCACAGAGACCUUCACCUCCUCGGUCAUCGCCUGCGCCCAGCCACAGGCGGCUGACACCAGCCCCGCUGACGGUGACACCGGCCCCACCGACACUGACACCAACCGGAGCGAGGGCAGCGGCUACUCAUCGCCGUCCUCGCUGGCCUCACCAGGCAGCACCAGCGGCUCCCUUUCAGCCAGCACCGGCCCCUCCAGUGGCUUCGCCAGCAGCCCCAGCCAGAAGUCUCUCCAGAGCAUUUUGGGGCCCAGCUCCCGGUUCCGGCAUGCGCAGGGCAGGGUGCUGCACCGCGACACCCAUCUCACCAACCUGCGGGGGCUCAGCCUUACCACGCCGGGUGAGAGCGAUGGCUUCUGCGCCAACCGCCUGCGCGUCGCCCUCCCACUGCUCUCUGCCGGUGGGCAGAUCGCCAUCCUUGAGCACUCCCGGCCUGGCCGUCUCCCCGAUGUGGCCGUGCCCACCAUCCAGAACGGCGUGGCUGUGGCUGACCUCUGCUGGGACCCAUUCGACACGCGGCGCCUGGCCGUGGCGGGUGAAGAUGCCAAGAUCCGUCUGUGGCGCAUCCCCGAGGGAGGGCUGCGGGAGCCGCUGCGGGAGCCUGAGGCCGUGCUGCAAGGUCACACGGAGAAGAUCUACUCCAUCCGCUUCCACCCUCUGGCCUCCGACCUCCUGGUCUCCUCCUCCUACGACAUGACGGUGCGGAUCUGGGAGCUGGGCACAGGGCAGGAGGCCCUGUGCCUGCAGGGACACACCGACCAGAUUUUCAGCAUGGCCUGGAGCCCCGAUGGGAUGAAGCUGGCGACAGUGAGCAAAGAUGGACGCUUACGGCUCUACGAGCCCCGGCGCAGCCUUCAGCCCCUGCAGGAGGGGCCAGGGCCCGAGGGGGGCCGUGGGGCACGCCUGGUUUGGGUUUGCAGCGGCGACUUCCUCCUGGUGUCCGGCUUUGAUAGCCGCAGCGAGAGGAAGAUCCUCCUGUACCGGGCGCAGGCGCUGCCUGAGGGACCCGUGUCUGUCCUCAGCCUUGACGUAGCCCCUUCCACCCUCCUGCCUUUCUACGAUGAGGACACCAGCGUGGUCUUCCUCACUGGCAAGGGCGACACCAGAGUCUUCCUCUACGAGGUGACGCCCGAGCCCCCCUAUUUCCUCGAGUGCAACAGCUUCACCUCCACCGAGCCCCACAAGGGUUUUGCGUUCCUGCCCAAGCCGGCGUGCGAGCUGCGGGACGUGGAGUUUGCGCGGGCGCUGCGCCUGGGGCAGAGCAGCCUCGAGCCCGUGGCUUUCCGCGUGCCGCGCGUCAGGAAGGAGUAUUUCCAGGACGACAUCUUCCCGCCGACGCGCGUGUGCUGGGAGCCGGCGCUGGGCGGCAGCGCCUGGCUGGCGGGACAGGACGGGCGGCAGCGCCGGCUCUGCCUGCGGCCCCCCGACAUGCUGCCAGCGAGCCAGGCCCCGAAGGACGCUCCGGCGCGGCGCUUCGUCCCUGCGGCCGUGUACCUGGAGGAGAAGAGCGAGGAGCAGAAGAAGGAGGAGCUGCUCAGCGCCAUGGUGGCUCGGCUGGGCAGCCGCCAGGACCCGCUGCCGCAGGACUCCUUCGAGGGGGUGGACGAGGCCGAGUGGGACUAGGCCGGGCCCGGCGCCCUGGAGCCGCGCGGGGACCCCGGCACGGGCGCGGCGGAGCGGCGGGAGCCGGGCGGGGCGCGGACAGCACAGCGGCGCGCGGCCGGGGCUCUGCAUUAAACCCGCUACAGCAGCCGCCGGCUCUGGCCGU